UGCCCUCAGAGAUUCACCUGCUGAGGGAACAGGUAGACUUUGAGCUUCACGUUAAUUGGUGACAGGAACGGACUGCCUGAUCCAGGUUCUGUGAGUUGACCAAAAUGGCAAAUUUUAAGGGCCAUGCCCUUCCAGGCAGUUUCUUCCUCCUCUUUGGCCUCUGGUGGUCUGUGAAAUCUGUACUGAAGCACCACAGCAAGAAACUGAACAAAAAUGGCCGUGUGCACCCGGGUUUUGACCAGGUGGAAAUCAUUGAAGGCGUGGUCAAAGUCAUCUUUGCAACAAUAGGAAUUCUUGCUGAGCAAUUUGUACCUGAUGGGCCCCACAUGUACCUCUUCAGUGGGGAGCCACGUACUUGGGUGAAGUUGAUGAACUGGCAACACUCCACCAUGUAUUUGUUCUUUGGCCUCUCGGGCGUGAUGGACAUAGUCACCUAUUCUUCAACCAAAAUACCUCUGGGACUGGAUCGCCUCAUGCUCGCUGUUGCAGUCUUCGUUGAAGGCUUCCUUUUCUACUUCCACGUCAGCAACCGGCCAAUGCUGGAUAAGCAUAUCCAUUCUCUGCUCCUGACGGCCAUCUUUGCUGUAGCCAUCAGCAUCUUCCUUGAAGUCUUCCUGAGAGACAACGUCAUCUUGGAACUCUUCCGAGCAAGCCUCACAAUUCUGCAAGGAACCUGGUUUUGGCAGAUAGGUUUUGUGCUGUUCCCACCAUUCGGAGGGCCGGAAUGGGACGAAAAUGACCACGACAACAUGAUGUUCAUCACCAUGUGCUUCUGCUGGCAUUACGCCCUAGCCAUCUUCAUUAUGGCUGUGAAUUAUAUACUGGUGCAAUGGUGUACCAGGAGCUGUAGAAAGAACAACCAAGAGCUAGAGUUGAGGCUUGGGACCUUAAAACAGAAGUGUUGGAAGAAUGAUCAUGCGACCCUCUUAAAUGGAUCGGAUGAAGAAUGACUUAUCCUAGCUGCCUAAGGUGAUUUCUUCAGUUUCCAAAGGAUCUGAGAUUCACACAGUCUGAAUGUCCCAAAGAUGAACUGCUAUCCAAGAAAAUCAGAGAAUACAUUUUCCAAAGGCUUUCCGCUGUUUGCCGCAAAGCUAUCUGGACUGUGAGAAAGAUGGUGCUCCCCCAAGUCCUGAAAUGUACCCUUGAGUUCACUCCAUUUUCCUAAACCAUGGAAAGCUUGGUGCUCGGUAGAAAUGUACACGGGGUGGGUUUCCUUUGGAAGGAGGUCACUGGAAGCUGGAACAUUUCCCCGUAUUUCUGUAUCGAUGAGGACACGCAAAGAGAGACUGCUUGAGACACAUCAGCAGCCAACCCAACUGCCCUAUGACAGACGUCCAGACAGAGGCAGCUCUAGAAUACAAGAAGUUCUCUUUUUUUAAGGAAAAAAAAACAGGUUCUGAAGUUCCAGACGGCACUGGUGUUGAAUUGUGCUAGGACUUAGGUCUAGGAAGAACUGGUUCCAAGUUCUAGUUCCUUGUGUCACCGCUUCCUCAUCCUUUUCAACCUCACAACACUAUGAGCGUUUACAAAAACCCAACUCUUGUUUAGCGUUGUGACUGGUCUCCAAGUUGCCUUGAUGGAAAUGCUAGAAACUCAAAGUGCACUUAUAACUGACCUGAUCUGGAUAAUCACUCCCUGGUUGGCUCAACCAGUGCCAAAAUGUAUAGCUUCCCAGGUUCAUUGACCUCCUUCCAUUGGUAGAUGGUGUGCCAAGGAACCUAUGAACAUUUCCUGUUCUUCUGCAUACGUCGCCAAGGAUGCCGAAAAACAAUUUAGAAUAAUUAUACAUUGUUUAUUAAUGUGGAUUUCUCUCCAGCAUACCUGGUGUUUACUGGGGUCCCACACAAGAGUCUAAUCUGGAUGACACUCAACCCUCUGGCCUGGUUGAACUCUGGAUGCUGGGAUGAGAUUCCCUUGAAGCCAGAGAUUUACAGAAUAAGACCCAGAAGCAAUAUGUGGAAUCCUGGUGAUUUUUACCAUCCUGCCCUGAGGGGGGGGGGGGGAUGAACUUUAUUGGUUGCCAAUAGAGGGUGGUUCCUUAAGGAGUUAAAAAAUAGAAACAAGUAGAGGGUGCUUCCUUAAGCAGGUAAAAACUGUACUCUGCCCUCAAAGAGCCAAAAGAUGACAUAUUCUUUCAAAAAGGGGGAUAUGCUGCCACACUUCAUUUUAGUAAAAACAACAAUUCAUUGGAAAAAAGCAGAGGGAGAAAUGAAAGGGAUGGACAACAUGUGCCUGUGUACAGGAUAAACCUAGGAAACCGAAAUACGAUUAUCUUGGUGUCUCGGUUUUUAACCUUUUACUGGAAAAAAGAGCUUUUUAUUUUAGUUAAACUCCUAUUAGAGUCCCUGCUCCUGGUUCUGAUCUUUGCUUUAUGCUUGUGACACAUCGCACUAGUCUAAGUUAUUGGAGAGCGGUGAGUAAAGGGAAGAUGUAGAUCACGCUUGUUAAAUGAUUAGUUCUUCUCUCAGUAAGACACUUUCCAGCCCUACAAGAUUCCUCAGUACAUCUCAGAGUGAAACAUGGAGGGUUUACCCCCCCACCUUAUCAAGUAUAGUAGAAACAAUGCACUUUCAAACUGAUAAUAAUAAAAAUGCACUGUUAAAUCAGAUUGUGAGUGAAUGCAGCCCAACGGGUUGUAAUGGUAUAUCUUGCGGGUGUCACAACAAGCCAAUUCUUCUGAUGCGAACAUCAAAUGACCAAAGGGGGGCAGCAGAGUUUCAAUGUAGAAACAGUGGCUAUGGUGUGGAGGUGGAGAUAACAUUUUAGGUUUGUUGGGCUGGCUUGGAGCUUUUAUUUUGUUGAUUUUUUUAAAGCAUGUUGGGAAAAGGAGGGGAAAAAACUAAAUAUUUUAGCCCUAAUAGUUUGGUGGUGAUGUUUUUUUUUUUAAGGAGGCCCACCAUCUCGUGCAAAAUGCCAGAACUGGGAAUUAGAGGAAAGUCAGGGCUAGAUUCUCCUAAGAUAUAUGAGCAGCCUGGGAAUCUAUUUCCAGUACCAGAAAUAAGCUCACACACUCCUUUCAUACACAAAGAUUCAUACCUGCUUACCUCCUCUAUGCCCCGGUUUUCUUUACGAAACAGUAAUUUACACACCCUCUAGCUGCUUCUGUCUCUCAAUCAUUAAUAAUAAUGGUGUGCCGUCAAGUUGAUUUCAACUUGUGGGGAGCCUUUUCGGGACAUUCUAGUCAGAAAACAAACCAUCUCAGUCUAACUUCCGCCUACCAGUGCGGAAGAAACACCAGGACGUUUCUUUGACACACAGUUGGAAACCAAAAAGACGACAACAUUUGUCUCCCUUCAGGAAAACAAAUGAACUGAAGCCUCUGGUGCAAUCUCUCCUAGGUAGGGCUUGAUCAUUCUUUUGAGUAUCAACACAUACGUACAUACAAUGCCAAUUAUAUAAUGGGCAUUAUCUGGGAAGUGUUACCUGCCAAACAAGCAAGUAAAACUAGCUUGACUGGUCUUCCCCUGCUUCUCUGUCCCACUUCAAGCCAGUUCCUUUAAAAAGCCAGGGCAACAGUCCAACACAGUCUCUUUCACCUUCAUUUUCUUUGCUGGUUCUGCUCCUGAUUGUGUUUUUAUGAUGAGAUGAUCCUUUCAGAAAAAGACUGGAAGGAACAGAAGCAUUUGCAUGGGGUUCUGCAUUGGGCAUUUGGUUCGGAGUCUCAGCUCUGCCACUGAGCCACAACUAGGGUGGCCACAUGAAAAAUAAGACAGCACCUUUGCCCUUUGAACAGCUGUUUGGAAAAUGACAUUUUAACUGAGGUAGGCGGCUGUCACACAUACCCAGUUCCCCUGUCUGUUUUUCUAUAUAUCCAGGUUCCCUUUCAGGCGCGACAUGUACUUUUCACCCUUUUUCGCUGCCACCAGAGGAUUUGUUCCUCUCUGU